UAACGCCUAAACAAACUUCCCUCUCCCCUAACUUCUCCUCACUCACAGCACUCAGCUGGCCCCCCCACUACCUUUUCCUCUUUUCUCUCUCUCUCUUCCUCGCCGUCGGCGUAACGGUCAUAUUUCUGAUGAUUUCGUUAUUAAUUUCUCUUAAAUCCCACCAAUAAAUAGGAAAAAGGGUCUACGCGCUUCCUCUUCUUUUCUGUGUCUCUCUCCCUUCUGUCAAUUUCUCUCUUUUUUAUCUCUGGUUUUCUAGACUGUGUUUUGCUGAUUUGGGUUGAGCUUUUUGGAAAAUGAGAUUUGUGAGAAGAAUUUCUGAAUGAUUUCAAUGGUGGCCGCCUUCCGUACGACGCUAAACCCUAAAACUCCUUCCCAAGGAGGAGGAGGAGGAGGGAAACCUCAAAAUCCGACUAGGCCUCCUCUGCUUCCGUCGGAACCCGACAAUGCUCUCCCUCCUCGCCGGUCGAAAUCAAGGGAGGUCACUUCACGGUAUAUGAGCUCAUCGACUUCGUCUUUGACUUCGACAACUUCCUCUUCUUCCUCGUCUUCCAAUUCCAGGCGAUGUCCGUCGCCGUUGGUUUCGAGGACGGCGCCUUCGACGCCUGCGAUGACUCCGAAGCCGUCGCCGACUCCGGCUGUGAAGCGUUCUCAAUCCGUGGAGAGGCGGCGGAUGGCGACUCCUCGUCCGAGUUCUUUGGAUUUGCGGAAUUGGAGCGGAGCCGGCGGCGGAGGAGGAGGUGAGCUUUCCGCUGCGCAGAAGCUUCUGUUUGCUUCAACAAGGAGCUUAUCGGUUUCGUUUCAAGGUGAGUCGUUCUCGUACCAGGUUAGCAAGGCGAAGCCGGCGCCGUCUCCUAGCGUGAGGAGAGGUACAACGCCGGAGAGGAGGAAGGUGGCGGCCGGGACGCCGACUCCGGCGAGAGGAGAUCAGAGCGAGAACUUGAAGCCGACCGAGCAGCAACGGUGGCCGGCGAGGUUGCGGCAAUCAAAUUGCGUUAAUAGGAGCUUGGAUUACAACGAUGAGAAGAGGAGCGGGAGUGGAUCUGGUGGAAAUGUGGUCAGGGCGUUGCAAAACUCCAUGGAGAGCAAUGCGAAAUUUCUGAAAGCUCCUGAGCCUGUUGUUGAGGUCACUUCGGCAAUUGGAUCUGAAUCACAGUCUGAUCAUGUGGCUUCUUCUGAUUCUGAAAGUGUGUCUUCUGGUAGUACUACUCCAGGAGCACACGACGGCGUCGGUCAGGGUCAGCGAGGGACUCGAGGGUUCGUGGUGCCUGCAAGGUUUUGGCAAGAAACUAAGAACAGGUUACAGCGACCAACCGAGUCGGGCCAUCCGAUUUCUAGGACUCCUGCGGCGGUGAAAGCUUUGGCAGUUUCUAAGCUCGUACCGCCAAGGAAAUCAAUUGAUAGUCCUGUUUCAUCUCCUCGAGUUGUUAACAGCAAAGGGCAGUCGUCUCCUAUUAGAGGCGAAUUUCGGCCUGCAUCACCGAGCAGGGCGGUGACAUCGGUGGCGUCUUCUCCGUUGAGAGGAAUGAGCCCAUCUCGAGUGAGGAGUUUAGUUCCGGGCACUCCGAGGAGUAACUUGAACACGGUACCGUCAAUUUUGAGUUUUGCGGCGGAUAUCAGAAGAGGAAAGGCAGGGGAGAACAAGAUACUAGACGCACACGUAUUGAGGUUAUUGUAUAAUCGUCUCUUGCAAUGGCAAUUUGUAAAUGCUAGGGCUGAUGCUGCGAACUCGGCACAGAAACUUAAUGCAGAGAGAAGCCUUUACAAUGCUUGGGUCACAAUUGCAAAAAUCCGUGAAUCUGUUAGAGCAAAACAAACUGAAUUACAACUGAUGAGGCAAACUCUGAAGCUAAUUUCGGUCCUCAAGGAGCAGAUGGUAUAUUUGGAAGAGUGGUCUCUUUUGGAUCGGGAUUAUACUGGUUCUUUGUCAGGAGCCAUUGAAGCUUUGAGGGCUAGCACUCUCCGCCUUCCGGUUAUUGGUGGGGCUAAGGUAGAGAUCCAGAAUGUACAGGAUGCUAUUUGUUCGGCAGUUGAUGUGAUGCAGGCGAUGGCAUCAUCAAUAUGCUUAUUGUUACCAAAGGUUGGGGAAGUCAACUCUCUGGUGGGUGAACUUUCAAAUGUAACAGCAAAGGAGCAUGCUAUGCUUGGUCAGUGCAAAAAUCUUUUAUCAACGGUUGCAGCUUUGCAGGUGAAGGAAGGCAGCCUCAGAACACAUCUUUUACAACUAAAAAGUGUGCAAACCUGACUGCCAAAGUGUAAAGCUCACAUCAUAUGACUGCUCACAUUCGAAAGCUAACAACAAUCCAAUGGAUUUUUUUUUUUUUUUUUUUUUUGGUUUCUUUUGUGGGAUUUGUGAAACCAUGGUUAUAAAUAAGGGAAAUUAGACGGUUUGGUUUAUAGUAGCAUAAGAGUGCUCUGUUUUGUUUUUUGUGGGAUGAAUGAAAUUAAAAAUGUCCGAUGUAUUUUAGUUGUCAAUAUCAAAUUAGAUUUCAUACAUGUACUUUGGUCAUAGAACAGAGGGGAAUGUAUAUGUAAAUAUCUGCAGUGAUAUAUCUUUAAAUUC